AUGACGUCUGAUUCUACGAAAAUGGCUACUUCCCAACAAAAGAGCUGGGAGAGGGCAAAGGUCUACUCGAAGAGAGGAUUUGAGAAGGCAUGGCACACUCUAGACAAGCUCGGUCGCCCAAUCAACCGUCUAUCUAUGAAAUUCCGCGCCGAAGCUUUUUGGCCAUCGACCUUGGAUCUCGAGAGCGAGAAAGCGGCGCGAAUACUACGAAGUUUUUACAAGGGCGGGUUCUACGCGGAGAUCGACAGCACAAGCGCGGAAGGACUGGCCGCACACUCUCCAUCGCAAAAGCGAAGAGCCGUUAAAAGAAUUCCAACAUCUGUUAUUGCACAUGCCAAAGGGUUGGCUAUAUUUACAACAAUGAGAACGGGCCUCUGGGUCAACGGAUCCGGAGGGAGUGGAGUUCUUCUCGGAAGAAUAAAAGAGACGGGCGAAUGGAGCCAUCCAUCUGGAAUCAUGGCGCAUACAGCUGAGCUGGAAUUCCUUACGGGCGUGGAUAUAUACGACUGCGUUGUGGUGAUUAAUUCCUAUGAAGCUCUGGAAGCUUUCAAACGUGGUCGAUGCACUCUUGGAAGGGGUGUUGCUGCCUCAAAAGGUCCCAUUGGCCCUGGUGGCAAUCCGGAAACCAAAAUACAUCAACGACAAGCGCCAACAUUGACCUACAUUAAAGGCCGUGGGCUCUACGCUGAUAUUAAUGCAGAGGGCACUCUGAUAAUCGAACGAUGCGAUGAGAAUGAACGUUUUUAUGGAGGAAAAAUAUCUGCGGCGGAUGUUUUGGCAGGCAACGUAAAACACCCGUCGUCGUCGAUAAGAACGUUGUUGCAAACGAUCAAGGCGGCCCAAGGCGACAGGAAUAUCGACGUGGAGAUGCUACUUGCGCCCGGUGAGACACCGGGUGAUGUAGAAGUCGAACCAAUUGGAACAUUUGGCAUUCCAGCUGACGACGACCCGGAUCCAUAUGGCGUUAAGGCGCUUGAGAGAGAGGGCAUCUUAAUUCGAGAAGCGGGCACUCGCCGCCUGCCCAACGUCAAUUCCUUUGAUUUCAGCCCGACUUCAUCAAAGUGGAGCGCCACAGGUUCCACGAGGUCUAGUUUUCGAAAUAGCGUCCAAAGUUUCGCCAGUAUCGAUCGAGGCACCCAAACCGACGGUCUUUCUUUAGAUCAAGCUAGCCAAUCGUCAAUCUGCCCUGACUCACCGCGCAGCCCAAGAUCUCCAACGCGUCCAUCUCUCCGCAUUGCAAUACCACUAGCGGAGGAAAUUGGAUCUGUCGAGUAUACUAAAAGCAUAGGUAGCGCCAUGCCAGCCCGGCAGGUCAGCGUGCUGGAUCAUAAUGCGCACAGCCUCAACGGCCCAGCCUCUGCAUCGUUCGCAAAGGCGAAGCUCGUCACUAUUCCCAAACGCACUCCUCCAUCUGUGCCUCACCGCAACCCCAGACGCCAGGCCGCUUUAGGCUCUUCGUCUUCACUACAUUCUGCAAAUAACGGGUCGUCAGACUCAUCGCCAUCUUCGUCGACGAACUCGCCAGUUGACACCGACAUGAGUGUUCUUGAUGUUUCCAGCAAGUUGCGGCAACUCUGGUCUGAAGACUCGCAAAGCGACCCGAAGACCCGUGGAGAUUCCCAGGAACGGGAUGAAUUUGUUUCAGCGCCAGCUUCGCCGCCCAAUGCCAAAGAUACAGAAUAA